AUGAGUGGUUCCCAGGACUCGACCGAACGGAGGGUUCCCGUCUUCCUGCUCAAGACCAAGUCUAGCCCCGGCGAUGCCUACGAGGAGCAGUUUUCGAAGCCUCUGGACGGCGUCGUCUUUGAGCCCGAGUUCGUUCCCGUCAUGGAGCACCGGUUUCUGGACGCCGGCAUGGACCGCGUGAAAUCACUGCUCAGGGCCGGCAAGAUCGGCACGGCGCCCGAGUCCGAGUAUGGCGGUCUCGUCUUUACGUCGCAGCGCGCUGUAGAGGCGCUUGCGAAGCUAGUUGAGGAAGCAGGAUCGGGCCGAGCUGGGUGGCCACACCUCCAAGACGUGCCCAUCUACAGUGUCGGGCCGGCGACGACGCGAGCCCUCAGGGCGGUGCCUCAGCAGCCUGGGCUCCAGGUCUACGGCGAGCACACGGGCAACGGCGAGAUGCUGGCGCCCUUCAUCCUGGACCACUACGGCGGCUGGUAUCGGGACCGGGCGACCAAGCCACCGCUCCUGUUCCUAGUCGGGGAACAGCGCCGGGACGUGAUCCCGCGGGUGCUGAUGGACGACGGGCUGGCGCCCGGCAGGCGGGUGCGGGUGGACGAGGUGGUCGUCUACGGGACCGUGGUGAUGGCGUCGUUCGAGCAAGACCUGGCGGCGAGGCUGGCGCGGGUUGAAGAGCAGGGGCGGUGCGAGCUGUGGACGGUGGUGUUCUCGCCAACGGGGUGCGACAGCAUGCUACGCGGGCUAGGGCUGCUAGGCGCGACGGGCACCCACGGUAGCAGACGGCUGGUUGCCACGAUCGGACCAACAACAAAGGCCUUCCUGCAGACGUCGUUUGGGUUCGAGCCGGACGUGUGCGCCUCGACGCCCAGUCCCGAGGGAGUUUGGGCGGGCAUUAGCAAAUACAUGACCAAUGUGGGAUGA